AUGAGUUUCGGUGCCUCGCUGUCGGAUAUCAUCAUCGUCGUUACUUUCUGCAAGACUCUUUACAGAAAGUGUAGAGACGCAAGUGGGGAGUACGAUGAGAUAUCGCGCGAAGUCAAAGCAUUAUACACUGUUCUACGACAUCUAAAAUACGAACUCGAAGCCCCAGAAUCUCCAUUGAACCGCGACCGAUCAAUAUGGGGUCGCCAACUUGCGCCGAUCGUCCGCGACUGUGAUUCCUCGUUGCACCAACUGGAUGGAAUACUGCAGAAAUAUGGAAGACUUGCUGGCGACAGUGGUAGUUCGCCAAUUUCUCCCAAGGUGGCAUGGGACAAAUUCAAGUUUGGAAGCAAUGAGAUGGACCAGCUUGGAGCACUUAGGGUUAAGUUGAUUUCGCACAAGUCAAGUUUGACGUUAUUUCUGGAUACGAUACAACUACAUCAAACUGGGAAGAUUACGACGACCUUGAGUGGUCAUGGGGAGCAGCUGGAUAUUAUCCUAGACAAGGUCGAUGCGAUCGCUGCGAAAAUGAGCAACCAAAAGUCUGGCAGUGUUAUGACAAGCUACGAUAAUGAUGAUAAAGAGGUCUGGAAGGAUUUCCGGAGGGAGCUGGUUGCGGAGGGGUUCUCAAGCUCUGUCUUGCAACAGCAUAAAGAUGUUCUAAGAGCAUAUAUCCGCGAAAUCGACCAAAAAGGUUUGCUGGACCCAUCGCCUAGUCCGGCACCCGAGCCGUCAGGUAUCAACCCUCACCAGUGGCUGGAAUCAGUUCAGCCUCAAGCAACCGGCAACUCGCAAGCUUCAAUAGACUCUUCGAAGACAUUGAGAAGUGACGAUAGUAAAAAGGAAAUGAUGUUUCGAGAAGAGAAUAUAAAGUUUCCAGCAUCUUUGAAAGCCGAAAUGAUGUCAUCAGAUACAGGCAGGGUGAAUAGCCAGAGGCAACCACCACAACAAGAAAGUAUUGCUUCGACUACCGUCGCGAAGAAGGAGCCUUUACAGGUUCCCAAUUUGAGAAUACCAGAAGCGGAAAAGCCACAGUACUUCAACACGAGCGGAUCUGAUUCUGGUUCAGAAUCUGAUGCAUUCUCGGACAAUUCUGGUUCGGAUUCAGGUAGAGCUAUUAUACGAACAAGUGAGCUAGUUGCCUUAAGUCAAGCUUUGAGUGUACGUCCCGCUGUUUUACCCAGCAGCUUUGGAAGUAAUAUGUCGUAUGGUGAUCAGACUGUACGACGGUCGAUCGAGUACCCUUCGCAAGUAAACACGAACUUAGGUUCGGCCUUGACCCAACCAGUGGCCAUACCAAUUCGUUCUGGGAAUACGAGCAAUAUCUCUAGAGAAGGGUUUGGCACAAGUCCGCGGCCAGAGGCGUUCCGCCUGGCACCGGAUUCUCAGGGAAAUCCAAUUCCUCCUAAUGCUAAGUGGACCAAGAUCAAUCGUCGUUUGGUAUCUCCCGAAGUGCUGGACCAGGAUAGGAGGAGAUAUGAAGCGAGACCAGAAUUUGUUGCGGUGCUCGGCGUUUUGAGCAGAAAGGAGAUUGAGGACUAUGCGGCUAGAUCGGAAAUUUUGCGAAACGCCCGUCGGCGAAGAAGCAAUCCAACUCCUCAUCAACAAGAAAAUGUGAAGGUGCGAUUGCCAAAAGAACAUUCGCGUCCAAUACCGUCUUCUGGAGAUGAGUCAUCAGAAACAGACGACCAGCAGAGAAGCGGCAAGAGGAAGGAGCAUCGCUCGUAUACCCCAUCAGUAGCUGGCAGUGAUAUCAAGCCUCAGUCUGGAUAUCCCAACCCAUAUGGUGCGCCUCCUUCCCCAGUGCUUUCAACAACAUCAACACAAUACGAGAGAGAGAGAACUCCAAGAUCAUCUCGUGAUCAUAGACAUGAAAGUAAAAGAUACGACUCUUCGUCAUCUGAAAGCGAGCACAGACACAAGUCGCAUUCUCAUCAUAAGCGAGACAAAGAUUACUCGCAUAAGAGAUCCAGUACGGCGUCAAGAGCAACUUCGAGCAGUUCAUCUCAUGGACGACACAGAAGCGACAGAGACAAGAAGAAUAGUAGGUGGAGAGAGAAUCUUACAGCUGCAGGACUUGGUGGUGCUGCAGCAAGUUUAUUAGGGGUGUUAUCUGAAGCAGCCGAGGGACUGUGA